UCGCGGUGUUUUGCUAAUGGAAGUGUCAGAGUGUCAACAACAACGGUCAGGCAGUGCAGUAGCAGUAGCAGCACAGCAGCACUGCCAGGAGCAGGGUGGGGGGAGUCAAGAGGCUGUUUCAACGUCGGAACAUUUGUCGGAGAUGGGGGAUGAUCGACCUUUUGUAUGCACUGCCCCUGGAUGUGGGCAGCAUGAGAGCCCACCUCUCCAGUUCAGACUGGCCUAUCAGAGAUUCACGAAUGAAGACCAUCUGUCGGUCCACAAACACAAGCAUGAAAUGACCUUAAAAUUUGGUCCCGCCAGGACAGACUCUGUUAUCAUUGCAGACCAGACUCCUACACCCACACGUUUUCUGAAGAACUGUGAGGAGGUUGGGCUAUUUAAUGAGCUUGCCAGCUCCUUUGAACAGGAGUUUUCCAAAGCACACGAAGUCGACCAGAGGACAACACAUCCAGCUGCACCUUUACAAACACCGUCAGAAGUAAAAAAUGAGGAUGAGGGUACUUUACAAGUGGAUUCUUCCUCUCCCGGAAGUCCAGAUUCCUCCUCCAGCAUGUCAGACAACAGCGGAGACUCAAGGGUGAGAGGCAAGGAGAUUAUGACAAAGCCUGCGCCAAGCUCAGCCCCCACUCCAACUAUCGUGCGUCCGGGUUCUCUUCCCCUUCACCUGAGCAAUGAUGCACUACACCCAACUCUGCCGUCUCCAACAUCUGUCAUCACGCAAGCCCCGCCCUCCAACAGACAGCUUGGCUCUCCAACAAGCGCGUAUCCGCUGGUGAGGCACCUCCCCAAUGGGCAGACAGUCCCUCUCCUGCCCAGUCCGGUGCAGAUGACCUCAGUUAUAUCUCUUGCAAGGCCAGUGAACUCUGUGCCUAACAUCCCUGGCAUUCCAGGACCUCCAGUUGGCGGGGCCAGCAGUGGCUCGUCCUCCCCGUCUGGGUAUAGUCUGCACUCUGAGACCAAGAUGCGGCUGAGGGCAUCUCUAAGUCACCAGGGCCCAGGAUCACAAGAUGGGGCUGGAGGGGGGGCAGGAUCCAUCCCUGCUGUCCCCCAGCGACAGGAACACGGCCAACAACCCACUCAACACUCUGAUGCACCAUCACCUGCCCAACCACAGGUGUCCCCUGCUCAGCCAACCGGAGGCAGGCGGCGGCGAGCUUCAGAGAUGGACCCUGACGAGAGGAGGGAGCGCUUCCUGGAGAGAAACCGGGCCGCUGCCUCCCGCUGCAGGCAAAAACGAAAGCUCUGGGUAAACUCGUUAGAGAAGAAGGCAGAUGAUCUUGCCAACAUGAAUGUGUCUUUGACGAAUGAAGUAAGCCUACUGAGGAACGAGGUGGCUCAGCUGAAGCAGCUCCUCCUUGCCCACAAAGACUGCCCGGUCACUGUUAUGCAAAAGAAGGCAGCUUUCUUAGGGUGAAUGUUUCUUUCUCUGUCUCUAGCUGCAGGAGGAGAGGAAACCUCCAGGGAUACUUCCAGUGAACCCAUCGGCUCCCCAGCUGCAGUUAUCCAGCACGGGCCAUCCCCACCCGCCUCGGCCUCCAGUCCAGGGGCCACCAUCAACGGGCUGAGCGUUCGCGCUGCGGAGGCGGUGGCAAUGUCUGUCUUGGCCGCCAUGGGAUCGGGCCAGCCGGGAGGGGUCGUCAUGGCGAUGCAGUCACAGUCGGACUCCGCCCCAAGAUGAUGUGCUGACGCAGGUAGCCAGUAUAAACUCGAGCGGUGGCCAGACUGGUGCAAAGUGUUUAAAAAGAGGGACCCGCCCUUAAACCCCACCCCAGAC